AGCUUGCCCGACCCGCAAACUACACGACCCGCUCCGUCAGUGUGACAGUGUCUCGACAUGCAAGUGAUAGCUACGUUACUCUUCGCGAGCGUGCUGGCCGGCGUCCGAUCCGUCAUCCGGACCCCUCUUGAGGCGUUUAGGCCUUCCGGAGAGAUCCACAUCCGAAGGCCGGACAAACUACCGCUUCUCCCGCACAGGCGGAACUCUGUCCCAACGAAAAGUGGUCUCAGGAUUCUCUAUCAGACCGGAAUAUCCGAGGAAGAUCUACCUGACUGUAGAGCACGGCAGGUAUGCAGUAAAGUGGACUUAUACGAUCCAGCGCAACCGUGGAUCGAGAGGAAGUGUCGAUGUCUGGGACACAGGCCUUGUUCUAGUGAUCUAUCUGAUGAUGACAACCACACUCUAGCUGAUAAGACUACGCUGUACAAGACUUGUGAGCCAGUUAAGCGUUUGCCCAAAUGCCGGUAUUUUAAAGAUGCGGCUUGGAUCAUCUACUCCUUUCCUGAUAGCAACGCAACCCAGCAAAUUAUUAAUUGCCACUGCCCGAAGAAUUCAGUAACGUAUUUGUUAAAGAAAUUGCCGUACACGACACCUAGCGGAGAGCAGGGGAACCAGUAUCAGUUCGCGUGUUCACCGCAGAGCAGAUUGAGAUGUUCAAGAAAAGAGCCAUGCAAGCUUUUCAGCGCAAGGCGUCGACACGAACAGAUAGACGAAGUCAAUGCCAACACAAUAUGCCAGUGUCCCAGAGACCAUACUUGCCCGAAGCACCACACCGAGACUGGUGUCCUGCCGGGCGUGACGUACGUCGCUGAAGACAUCCGCACGUACCACGGUUACUGUAUGCCCGAACCACCGCCCGAAACCUACCGUUUCGUGGGCGACAAAGACUGAAGCCAAAACUAGAUACCCUUGACACAAAUUGUGAUCGCUUGCUGUGCAUUCCAAACGUACACUGGCUUUCGAAUUAGGCAGCUUCUAUGAUUUGCUCAUUACCUGUUUAGUACAAAAAGUAAUAACUAUAUUAGAACAUCAAAAAACUCAUUGAUAAUAGUGGAAAGAUAACUCGCGAACAAAGAUAGUAUUCGAUGUAAAUCUUAGUGAUACUGAUUAUUAUUUUAUCAAAACUCUUUAUUCACCAAAAAUUUUAAAAUUUAAAUAACUAUUAUUUAACACUAUUUAAUUGCGAUUUUUAGUCGAUUUAAGUUAAUGCGAAUAAAGAGCGUUGAUGCUAGUUACUUGUAUAUAAUUCGUGUAGUGCUUGCUAUUGCGUAUUGUUACUGUUUUAUUUGUAAAUAUUAAUAGGAGUAUAAGUAUCAUUCCAAACGUUUAGUUUAAAUUAUUAUUUUCUUCAUAUAUUAAUUAUUUACUUGCCAUACUUACUUAGUUGUUGCGUUUUUAUAAGUGAGUCUAUUUUGACUAGCAAUUUGUUCCGAGUCUUCCAUUCCAGUCACGAAGGCGUUAUUAUGUUCAUUGUUUUGUUUGUUUAUGGUAUAAAUAGUUUUUAUACAAUAAUAUUCGUUCGACAGCCAUAUUUUAAGUAUAUAU